GCCUGUUUAAAACGCGAUGGGUUAUCAAUAUCAAAAGAAACGGAUAAAACCCAUUUAAAUUAUCAUGUUAAUUUCAUAUCAGUUACCAUAACGACUUAAUUUUUCAAACAGACUAAUAUUUCAUGCAAAAAAUACACAAAAAGUUUCAGAUUGCUCGGAAGUACAUAGUUAGAAAUUGGAAAGUUAAAAGUUUCAUAUGUAAAACAUUAGGAAAUGGUUUUGCCUGUCAAACAUUUUUAUUGAUAAUUGGAGGAGCUUUUAUUGCCUAUUUAUAUAUUCUUUCAUUAGUUUUCCAGCACACCUUAGCGCAUUUUCUUGUUGUCAACCUAACACAGUUUGGCAUUUCUACUUGCUAUGAGUACUACAAUUUACUGCAAUUUCUUUAUUUAAUUGUGUUAUUAUUAUUUUCAAGCAAAAAAUCUAAUUUUCCCGACAGUUCUACCAAUUUGAUUGAGCACCAAUAUAAGAUUAAGUCGGCGUUUUUAACAAUAUGCAAAAUAGUAAUGCGAGUCACUCAGCUCCUUUCUUCCUCUGACGACAAAAAUGUGAUAUUGAAAACAAGUAACAUGACGUGCAGCAGAAAUGCGAAACUUCAUUUACAUGCGGUGCGUAGUCUGAACAGAAAACAGAAAAUGUACAUCUAUGAUCCUAAUAUAGCAACAACUAUGGGGAGCAUUGAUAGAAAAUUUAAAAAUAUAGAACUGAUCCAGAACAAUAAUCAAAAUUAUAGCUUCUGAUAUUUCAUUUUGCGAGAGAUGAAUGAUGAUGAUCAACUACUGCAAUACUAUGAGGAAGAGUAUGUCAUCAAAACUGAAUCAUAUUCGACGGUAGUGAAUUCUUUUCAAACUCCGACCAGUCUUAGUAAAAAUAACCAAACCAAACAAGCCCAGUUACCUUCGAGCGUCACAAUAUCCAGACCUGACGGGAAAUUGCCCAAUAUCGUAAAAGCAGCUGUCAACUCAGCUCGAAGUGAAACAGCGACUCAAACAUUGUUGAAACCAGCUAUCACUACUAAAUUUAUUGCCCCAAGCAUCGAAAAAACAUUCAGCCACAAAGACCAGAGCACUUCCAGCGAUAAUUUACGUUUCAUAUUUCAUAAAACAAAGACUGAUAAUAAAAGGCAUUGUGAACGGUGCGAGUGGAGAGGGCUCAAGGUCUGUGAAAAAAAUUGUCCAGUGCUUGCUUGUAACAAGGACAAAAAGCCAGCGCAAAAAGAAAUUGUAAAAAGGAAUCAAGGCAAAGUGGCUGAUCAAAACACUCCGACUAAGAACACAUGCGCAUGUUCAGACGAUAAAAAUAUUCAAAACCACAAGAGCUUAAUAAUAAUGAGUUCGGGUCGCUGCAAUCAAUGCAACAAAAAUGCUAGUAUCACUAGUAUUUGUAUAGAAGGCCUGUUCCAACAAGCGAAGGCCUAUCUGGAAAAACUUGCCGAAGAACACCAAAGCAAAUGCCCUCGAUGCGAGGCACCUCCGCGAAGGCCCUCUUGUCAAAGAUUAAACGCAACUGGCUCAAACGAGUCUGUUUCUUGCAAAGAGGCUUUAUUUGAACAAGCACGGGUUUAUCUUACGCAAUUGACUUCUGAGCACAAACGCACUUGUGAUCGCUGCAAGAAAAAGGAGCCUUGUUCUGCACCGAAACCUCAGAAAUCUUCCGACACAGAUAACAUAAUACAGCGGGCAUGGUCAUAUAUUCAAAACAUUGGCAACCGUAAAAGAUCUUGCUGCAUGACUAAAAAGGAAUGUUGCCCACGUUGUAUGAAAAUAGGCUUGCCCACAUGUUGCAAACACUCUAAAGAUUCCAAUCAGGCCAUUUGCAUACCAUGCAAGCCAGUACUUAAGACCCAAGAAAAAAAGAAAAUUGAAUGCCCUCGCUGUAAAAAAACAAAAAGUAAAUCUGUCUGUUUAAUAGACUGUCCUUCUGACUCCUCAAAUAAAAAUCUUUGUCACCAUUGUAAACAAUCUUUAGGAUUAGAGCCUAAAGGGUCAAAAAGCAGUGGCAAAAAGGAUGAAAUGCCUGUUUGCUAUAAGCACAAAGACGUUUCUAAAUGCUCUUCUGACACAUCAUGCAGUAGCAAGAGUAUUAUUUCGUUAUUAGAAUGUCUAAAAAAGCACGCAAAUGAAACUAGUAACAAGUCUUGCCCUAAACUCUGCAAAAAAAAAUCCUCAGAGGAAUGUAUUUCUCCAGUGCUGCUUUGUAAGUCCGCUGAAGAUACAGGAUGUUCAUUUGAUCCUUGUAAAGCUUCUCAAUCAUGCUGCAAGAAGAAAGUUGAGAAAAAACCUUCGUGUAGUGCGUCAUGUUCCAAAUCAUCUGAAUCUCUAGAAGAUCUUGGUAAUAAACCUUGUAUCGGACCAUGUACAAAAAAGUGUCCGAUAAAACGAAGUGGUUGUGACUUUCUCGAGUAUCACAGUAGCACACUAUGUUCGGGGCCUUGCCAGUCAAACAGUAUGAAUAGAAAAAUGCUGGGUAUCAAAUUAUCAAUAACGCCUAAACCGAGUACCGAAGAAUUUUGUAAACAUUCGUGUGAAGCUGUGAAAAAAGUGUUAUGCCCUUACUUCGAUAGUGUGCCCAAAGAACCGGUGUCUUGCAUGAAACCGCCCCAGCCGCCGUGUAGGCCUCCCGAGGCACCGUGUAGGCCUCCCGAGCCACCGUGCAGGUCACCCCAGUCACCGUGCAGGUCACCCCAGUCACCGUGCAGGUCACCCCAGUCACCGGGCAGGUCACCCCAGUCACCGGGCAGGUCACCCCAGUCACCGUGCAGGUCGCCCCAGUCACCGUGCAGGUCGCCCCAGCCAUCGUGUAGGUCUCUUCUGCCACCGUGUGUACAGCCCCUGCCACCGUGUAUAAAACCCCUACCACCGUGUAUAAAACCCGUGCCACCGUGUAUACAACCCCAGCCACCAUGCUUAAAGCCCCUGCCACCGUGUAGGCGACCCGAGCCACCGUGUGCGAGGUGCAGCAACGAAAGCUUUAAGGUACCGCAGCACGGCCCCAAUUCAAGCUGCGUAAAAUGCAACUCACAAUACUCGUCCACUAAAAUAAGCUUUAUGGAAAAUAACAUGGUAGAUGCAGAGUAUGAAGCAUUUUUAGAUGACCAGUUUGGAAGAAUGGUAGCCAGGGAACUUGCUGAUAAAGAAACAGUUUGUGAUAAAAACUGUGACUGCACCACGUGUGCUACGAAGCUAAAAGUUAGAGGAGCACAAUCAGACGACCUCAACAAAUACAGAUUUUAUUAUUAACCACAAAUAUAAAUAAAUUCAAGGGUGGAUAUGAAUGAUAACCAAAGUUUCUAUGGAUGAACAGCGAGGUAAAACUAAAAUGGUGUUUGUUACGUAACGGACACAAAAGGUGACAUUUAAAAUUAUAUUGAGGCAAUAUUUUGGAUCGCAACCUAGUGAAAGGAUAUAAAAUAAAAGAUACCUAAUACAA